UGUGUGUCCAACUUGUCUGGUUACAACUACAUGUCUGUUCGUCCACCCAUUGUAAAGUGCUGCGGAAUUUGAUGGUGCUCUAUAAAUAUCAUAAUAAUAAUAAAUCAACCAACCCCCUUACUCUCUCUCUCUCCAACCAAUAGCAUCGCCCUCUAUCCUUUAGUAGCAGAGUGUAGCUAAGUGAACUCUAUGGUUAAACCCCUUCUCUUUUUUUUUGGUAAAGUGUACUAUGUAUCAGCGUGUCUUUACCCCUGCUAGAUGACUCUGCUCACUCUAUUUAAAUAUGUAACAGUUCAACAGAUUAGAAGGUGCAGGAGAAAGGUGCCGUGAAGUAUAUUGAUGGAAGGAAUGAGUCUACGGAGAAUAAAUGAAGAGAAUGUGAGAGGGCACCGCUUGCAGUGCAGGUAUAGAUGAAUGCUAGUCAGGGAAGCGGCUCCAAGCUGCACUGAAGGAAGCUUGCUGUUUUCUUACUGGAUGGCAGGCUCGGUGGUUACCAGGCUCGGCGCUUGCGCUUCCGGUUCUAGGCCUGGUUGCCAUGGUGACCGCAGCCACUCUGCCCAUCCUGGGAGUGGGAGGAGUUUUGGUGUGUAUUUUCCCAAUCCCCCCCCCUUGUAAUUUACUUUACUAGCAACACAAAAAUGGACAAAGAGCAUUUAAGGUAUAAGGAAAAGUAACUGAACGACUCGGAAGUGCAAACUAAGGUGAGGAGGAUGAAAAUGACACGUUAAAAGUUCAAAAGAAUAUAUGAGCAGCCAUCAAUGCGUGUGGGAAAGACCUGUUUCAAUAAACUUUAUUGUUCGUUGUACGUUCACCCAAACCGCCUGAUCUGUAAGGUUGUUUAGUUUUUUUUUUUUCCUUUUCAAUUGCAAGAACUUUAUUAAGCAAAGCCCGGUGAACACCCAGUGACAGUCUCCCGGCGGCGGUGGUCUUUGGAUCGCUCUUGUUUCCUGCAAUCUCUCACUGUGAGUGUAUUCCCCUUCGAUUGACGAUGCCUAGCAAGAAAAAGAAAUACAACGCCCGAUUUCCGCCGGUGAGUUUGCGGCCUAGACAGGUUGUACGUUCUCCAUUUGCAUCCUCGGACUUUCCUAAAAGCUCUACCCCAGAAAUGAUCCAACAAGGAUCCCAUGAUCAGGCUUCCCUUCCCACAUCUAGUUUUACUCACUUUACAAAUACUUUAACCUUUUGGCCGUUAAUUGCUUUAAAGAACAUUACUGCCAUUAUUAUUAUUAUUAUUAUUAUUAUUAUUAUUUGCAGAGGACCUAUAAUUCCUUAUCUGCAUUUAACAAUAUAGUACACCCCAUUAGGAAAGUCUUCCUAGUGAUAAAUCGUCUUUAACAAGAUAGUCAUUGAGUGUGGUUUAGUAUUUAGGGUUUUAUUCACAAAAUUGCGAAUAGUAGUAAACUGUGAAAUAAUUGCACAAUUUAGGCAAUAAUAAUAAUAAUAGUUGAUUUGGGGAUUUUUUUUUAAAUUAGUUGUGUUCUAUUUUAGCCUAACUUUGCAAUUCGCUUUUCUUUACCUUAUCUUCAUACCUGACCUGCAACAAGCAAGACAUUACAAAGAUAUAAUUCACAACAUUUUUCUUGUCCUAUUUAGCUGAAAAACUUAUUUUAGUGUUCAUUCGCUAACCAGUGAUUUAUGCAGAAUGUUCAUUUAGACUAAACUAUCCAUGCUGGAAAAUUAGCUUGUUAGGGGAAAAAAACCUAAAGCUAUAGCUUCAGGACAUUCUAAUGAAAACUUUUUAAGGGGCACUCACAGAGUAUGGUGAGUGGACUUUUUUGGUAUUUGAACAGGGAAUUGCAUCUUAUGACCCAAACUAUAUAAUUUCCCUGGUCAGAUGUAGACUACACUGGUGUAUCUGAUGCUUAUUACCUCUAUGCUAAUUUGAUUAUAAUUGAAACCAUAGUUGCUUUUUUUGUUUUGUUGUGUAUGAUGGUUGAAAAUCAACAUUAUGUCAUUGUACAACGUUUUAGAAUUUGACACUUUUAAGGGCCACUUUAUCUCAAUGAAGUGGUCUGGGUGUUGUGGUCCUUUUAGGGUUUAACCUUGCAAUGUAAAAAUUGCAGUUUAUUUAGAAACUGCAAUGUUUACAUUUCAGGGAGAAACACACCAGCAGUGGCUGUAAGUAUGACAACAACUUGAUGUGCUUCCUGCUGUAGUAAUAGAGUAAAAUUCAGUCACAUAACUGCAGCACAAAUAGGAAAGCAUUGAUUCAGUGCUUUCCCGUGGGUAAAUUUGAUGCAUGUUCACUCUCCAUUCAUCUAGUCCCUAAGGCUCCUCUAUGAGGAACAUUGGAUUCAAAAGACUCUGGAGGGGGAUGGAUAAGGGUAAGUAGCACCGAGGGAGUUAUUAGUGUUAAAAAAAAUAAAUUAAAAAUACUAUUUUUAAAAUCUUUUUAUGCUGAACAGCAGGAAUUAAGGGACCACCAGACCUAGGGACAGAUAAGCUAAAGUAUUAGGAAUGCAAAUUAGGUUUACUAAUUAGUCCUGACUGCGAAAAUGCUCUGUAUGUCUACGAUUUUAAUUUUUUUUUAGAGGUUAUAAAAUGAAUCUUGUAAGGAACAAAUUACAGUUAUUAACAACACAGUUACAAACUUGUAUUUGUAACAACUUGUUUGUAUUCAUGACUCUAUAGUCUGGGUGCACUGUCCCUGUCCUACUUAGUCCUGCAAUGUAAAUCAAUGUAAUAAUUACAUUGCAGGACUAAGAAUGCCUCUAGAGACACUUCCUAGUGGCUAACCGCCUUUUGGUCGCCUAACUGGCGCUGGACUUCGUUACGCUUAGCAUGAGGACCUACAUUGUCAGUAAAAUCACCAUAGGAAAGCAUUUAAUCAAUGCUUUCCUAUAGGAAGUGCUCGCCGCACAUGCACAUUAGCCCCCUGCCCCUCCCUGGUUGGAUGAUGUCAGAGGAGGUGGAGCAGCAAAAGAAAUCAGUGCUGGAAUCCAUAAGUGAGCAAAGGUGGUUUUUUUUACCCUGUUUGAGUAGGGAUGGGGAGAGUUGUGGGGAAGGGGGAAGUAGGGGGGUCCCAGGGGUCUCUAUAGUGUAAAUAAUACAACUUUGUAUUCCUCACACUAUAGAAUCCCUUUAAGUAAUUGAUAUAUGGGACUUGGUUAACAAUAUUUUUGUGCUCACAUUUUAGGGUUUGUAUGAUCUUGUUUCUACGGUUUUGUUUUUGCUUCAUGAACCAUUUGAGCUAUAUUGUUGCUACCACUGUCCCUUUACUUGAUUAAAGGGAAACUAUAGUGCCAAGAAAACAAAUGUUUUCCUGGCACUAUAGCUUCCCCUUCUGUCAAGGCCCACUCCCGUGGUGCACAAGGGAGUUAUAACCCCUUCUGUCACUUACCUAGGUCCAGCGCCAAUGUCCCUCAGUGCUCGCUCAGCUCACGCUCCUCCACCACCGCCUGCUAUGGAGAUCUACUUCGCAUGUGCGGCAAUGGUAGACAACCACUACAGGAGGAGUUAACCCUAGCAGGUAAUUAUUGCAGUUUAUAAAAACUGCAAUAAUUACAUGCUCAGGGUUAAGGGUGAUGGGAGUUUGCACCAGACCUCGUCAAUGAGCUGAAGUGGUCUGUGUGCCUACAGUGUUCCAUUUAAAUUUGUAUCAUGUGAUGUUCAAGGGUUACAAUUUGUAAGUAAGUUAAUAGACAUUGCUUUGUUACCUUCUACCAUACAUAUUGCCAUAAAACAUGUACCUUUUGAAACUGGUAAUUUAUCUGCCAAUUGACUUGGAUUUUUGAUAUUGUUCUUCUUGCUGUCCAUGCAUCUCUAAAAGGUUAAUAAAUGGCCUACAUGAUUUGUUAAUGUUGGCAGUUUGUUAGAUUGAUAAGAUCACACACCAGAAAAGGCUAAGCUAAUAAACAAACGGGUUUAUAACCGGAUUUGACAAAUCUGCUUGAAAUCUAAGAACCAGCUAAAAAAAGUUAGGAGCCAGAUUUUUGUCAAAAAUACAAUUCUGAAAGGGGCUCUAUAGUCACCAGAACAACUACAGCUUAAUUUAGGUGUUCUGAAAUCUAUAUACUGCACACUUUUCAAUUUAAACACUGACUUUUCAGACUAAACGCAGUGCUUACAUGAGUGACAGUCACUCAGACUGCCUCUAGAAGUGCUUUCCGGGUCAGUGCUACACACAUCAAUGCUCCCCUUAGGGAUGCAUUGAUUCAAUGCAUCUCUAUGAGGAGAAGUUGAUUGCGUAGCAUGGCGUUUUGCCUCACAUGCGCAGUAGUUUCCCAAUGUUUUUCUAUGGGUAGGCAUUGGAUUGGCUGAUCUCAGCCAUGGAGGUGGGGCCAGCCGCGGCAUCACCAGCCCUGCAUGGGGAAAAAGGGUGAGUAAAAACAUCCUUCCCAUGCGAUUGGAGGGGGGCAGGUCACCUAAAAAGGGCAAACACACAUUAAUUUUGUCAAGUACAAUUCUCCCAGGCAAAGACUGUUUAUUUAUUUAUAUAUAUAUAUAUAUAUAUAUAUAUAUAUACAGUCUUUGCCUGGGAGAAUUGUAUUUGACAAAAUAUGGCAGCCGUGGAUGGCUUUUUUCUCAGCAUUGUGAACAAAGUUCAAUGUCUUCACAACUUGUCAUCUUUGAUAUUGAUAUAUGUUCUAUGUGAUGGUAGUCAAACCUCUAAAUGCUGGUCACCGCUUUAACUCUCCUGUGAUUUGUAUGCUAAUAUAUCUGUAAAAAUAGAGUAGCAAGUGUAUACUUACUCCGCUGUUAUUAAAGCAAUAAAUUAUAUAAAACAAGUUGGAUAUAUUGUUUUUCCAUCAACCUGCUGAAAUUGGCAACCUGGUCAUUUGAUUCUGUUCAAUCAAGGAUAUAUAUAUUAUCUUCUUCCUUUUUUAUCUACUGAAAAAAAAAACACAUUAGAAUCCUUACAGCUAAAUAAAAACUCAAUGAGACCAGUGGUCUAUAUUGAAUAGGAAAGGAUUGUGGAAACAAUAUCAGUAGGCUGGUGAAUGGAAUAAAUGGGAGACGAGGAACAACAAGGGAAGAAAAUAGACAAACUACUUGUUGCCAAAUAGUUGAAUUUUAGAACAAGAAAUCCAUAUAUGCAACAACACACCUUGAGCUCCACAUAUCAUUUUUGUAAAUCUUGUGUAAUCUACUGGGAGUUAAAUAUCCACUGGCAAGCCAUUUAAUGGCAAGCUUCAAAAUGAGACACUUGGUUAUUCCCUUGAUGCAUUAAUGGGGUAGAUCCAGUCUUUGGCUCAGAAGGAAGUGACACUUUGUUUCCCAUUGUUUCGCAAAUAAAAUAAUCAAAUAACUAUUGUAUGGAAUUUUAGCUUAAAAACAUAAAGAAUGAGGCAAUCAGUAGUUUACCGAUGCAAAAGAUCUUAAAGGGACACUAUAGUCACCUGAACAACUUCAGCUUAAUGAGGUUGUUCAGGUAAGAACUAUAGCUCCCUGCAGCCUUUCUCAUGUAAACACUGUAUUUUCUGAGAAAAUACAUUGUUUACAUUGAAAGCUAGGAACACCUCCAGUUGCAGUCACUCACAGUGAACCAGAGGGACUUCUGAGUUGAUGGAGCAUCCUGUGAUUCAGUAUCUCCUCCCAAUGUAUGCAGACACUGAACUUUCCUCAUAGAGAUUCAUUGAUUCAAUUCAUCUCUAUGAGGAGAUGCUGAUUGGCCAAGGCUGUGUUUGAAUCAUGCUGGCUCUGCCCCUGAUCUGCCUCCUUAUCAGUCUCAGACAAUCCUAUGGGGAAGCACUGUGACUGGAUCAGGCUGUCACAUGUCAGCAGACUGCUUGUUUUUCCUGAGCCUAACAGCCUGCAGAUUUACAGCUUCUGGCUUGAAUACAGUAAGUUUUUACUAUAUUUAUGGAGGCAUGAGGGGCCCAGGGGGCCUAGAUUAACACGAUAGGGUCAGGAAUACAUGUAGUUGCACUGGUGACUAUAGUGUCCCUUUAACAGAUUUUCACUUCUACAUACAUGUAAAGCUGAACUAUAGAAGGGGGAAUAACUUUAUUUAAAAAUUGAUUGGUAGUAUUUAGGUGUUUUCAUUCCCAAAUUAGUAGGAUGGGUAGACAGACCUUCAGUCAAAUCUGUAGACCUUGUGUAACGAGUAUAACUGUGGCCCAGCUAAUCCAAUAGGAAAAGCUUGGCUUUUUGAUUGAUUGCGUUUAUAGUACAAUACAUAAUCAUAGUCCUCUACGAGCAAUAUUAACCCCUUAAGGACACAUGACGUGUGACAUGUCAUGAUUCCCUUUUAUUCCAGACGUUUGGUCCUUAAGGGGUUAAAGCCAGUAAAGAUUUGCCUAGAUUGCGCAGGGUACGGAUGAAAUUACCUGCAAAACCAGACACUUUGUCGUAAUCAUAAAAUAUAUAUAAAUAUCUUAGAAUGAUAAUACUUCUUAAUAUCUGUAUGUUGGUGGACCUUAUAUGGCAAGAGCUCUAAGGAAAUAAUAAAUUGAAGGGGGGGUACCUUGGGAAAAGUAUGUAUCUUUAUAGAGAGAUAGAGAUAUAUUUUUAAUUUUCAUUUUUUUUUUUUUUUUGUAUCUGCUCUAAAUUAGCAUGUGAAAAUAACAUUUUUGAUUUAUGUUUAAAUUAUAUUUAGUUUGGAGUGAUUGUGGCAAUUCAAAUUGGCCAAUUACACCAGAGUGCUUUUGUUGUGAAAAGAAUGCCACAUUCCAUGGCUGCUUCAUUGUGGAAGUGGAUAUGUCUAGCUUUUGAUAAAAAAGUUGAAUGCACCCAAAGUCUGAGAAAAGGUGUGGGCUUUGUAUCCUACUGGCUGCCCAAAUUUGUUCCACUCUACCAUACUUACUAUGCAGUUGCUGUUGGUCUUUCACAUAAACUUUUAUUUUAUUUUGUGAAGGCCUGAUAUAUAUUUUUUAUUUAGCUUGUUCUGGUAUAUCACACUUACACAGAGCACUUUAGAAAAUGAAGCUAAUAAUAAUAGGUAUGGGUAUAUUAUUGAAAGUCAAAGGGCUCAUUCACUCUUGCACUUUUUUAUUACACCAUCGUGUAAAAUGUGUAACAAAUGAAUAGAUUAUUUUAUAACUGCUUCGCUUGUAAAGGAGAACCAUUAUGAGUGGAGACGAAUGACAGUAUAAUUCAGAUCCUAAUGCAUUCUAUAUAACAAUGCAAUGUUACACAGACGUAAUGACAGCAGGGCUAUGUAGAGCUACUGUUGAUAAAUAACGACAUACUUUGGUACAGAUGCUCGAAGGACCAGAUUGUGAUGGCAACAUGAAAUGUGAAUUGACCAUGAGGGGUGAAAAGCACCGCAAGUGGCAUAAAGUUGAAGUAAUAGAGUGGCGUAAACACUUUUUUUUUUUUUUUAUUUCUGUAAUGUUUCACUACAAAAAGUUUUUGUUUUUUCUCUCUCUGAAGGCAAGGAUUAAGAAGAUUAUGCAGACGGAUGAAGAAAUAGGAAAAGUUGCUGCUGCUGUCCCUGUCAUAAUUUGUAUCCUUUUCUGAUUAAGAAGCAAAGGAGGCCAGCGUUCUACUGUAAAAUACCAAGACUUGUAAGUUGCAAAUAACUCUGUAGAUUUCUGUUGCUUCUACAGAUCAUUGAUGCUUUACCCCUAAGUUAGCACACACAAUCUGCAUAUCAUGCCAGGGAUCUCCCCGGAACCAUUUAAUGUAUGAGUAUCUAUGUGGCAUACAUACAGGUUUCCAAUUUGCAAGUCCUGUAUUAUUACCUAGGAUUAAUAAUUGGUAUUAAGACUGCACAUGAGCAAUAUGUUUUUAACUAACCCAUGUCUGUGGCAGGAUGAAACUUGCAGCAAGACAAAGCUAUGUCCUUACUGGUUAAAUACUAUAUUGUCCUGUAAACCUUGUAUCGAGUAUGAUAAUGCAUUAUGUUUUAAUAUGAUGGCCUACCUUGUUUUAGUGUAAGUUGUGAGGAAGAUUGGCUAAUUAGAACAAGCAGAGCCACACCUAAGAAUAGAUGCAGUCUCUCUAGGAACAAGAAUGCCUCUACAGGCUGCCUUGCCCCAUAAAGCCUACAUGCAUUGUGCGGCUGUGGCUAAGAAUUAAUCUCUCCCAAGUGCAAGUAGACUUUGAUUUUAUUUUAAGGAGUGUGUCUACGUUUUUAUAAUAAUUGUCUCUGAAUGCGUCCUUCUGAAGGCGAAGUUUCAGGUUUUCCUCCUACUCCACUGACGUCCUCUUCCACCAGGUUAGGGCUGGUAUAUUUCAGUCAAUUUCUGGAGUACUAAAGAGCAUGUGCUUCCCCUUAGGAAUGAAUGGAAAGUGGUUUGCACAUACACAGUUUGCACAGUUUGUCCUUUAUUCACCUGAACACAUAGGAUAGUGUACAGAUCGGUAUGUUGUAUACCAGAAAAUAGAAUGCCUAGCUUGUGAUAUUACAUAGCAACUUCUGGUGCAUUGUAAUGUGAUUUCGUUGUUGGCUUUCUGCAGGUCAAUUGUAUUUCUUACUUCAGAUUAUCUAAGCAGCUGCCUGUAAUGAUACAGCAAAACGAUUUCUUCUAAUCUCUUGAUGUGAAGUACCUUAAUUUCUAAGUCCUUCUGAAAAGUACCUUUACACUGUGUUGAACACUGCUUCACACUCGCACGCAAUGUUACAUAGUUACAUAGCUGAAAAGAGACUUGCGUCCAUCAAGUUCAGCCUUCCUCACAAAUGUUGUUGCUGUUGAUCCAAAAGAAGGCUAAAAAAACCUGGUCUGAAGUGCUUCCAAUUUUGCCACAAACUAGGAAAAAAUUCCUUCUUGACCCCAAAAUAGCAGUCAGAUGUCUCCUUGGAUCAAGCAGCUAUUACACCACUAAUUAGAAAUUAUAUCCCUGUAUGUUAUGUUUUUGUAAGUAUUUAUCCAAUUUCAGUUUAACCCCUUAAGGACGGAGUCAAAUGUACACAUUGUGAACGAAACAAAAUUUAAACAAAACCUGGCAUUUGCGCUACAUGUCUGUCCAACCGUAAUACACCUCUUUCAUAUUAAAUACACCCACCCUUAUUAUAUAUAAUUUUAUUCAGGGGAAACAGGGCUUUCAUUUAAUAUCAAAUAUUUAGCUAUGAAACGUAAUUUAAUAUGAAAAAAAUGGGAGAAAAUAAGAUUUUUAUUUUUUUUAGUUCUACAUGACAUUUUAACGGUCAAUGUCAUAAUACUGUUUGCUUUUACUGCAAUAAAAUACACGUAUUUGUAUUCAGCAAAGUAUCACGGGUAAAACAGUACCCCCUAUGUACAGGUUUUAUGGCGUUUUGGGAAGUUACAGGGUCAAAUAUAGCACAUUACAUUUGAAAUUGAAAUUUGCCAGAUUGGUUACGUUGCCUUUGGGACUUUAUAGUAGCCCAGGAAUGAAAUUUACACCCAUAAUGGCAUACCAUUUGCAAUAGUAGACAACCCAAGGUAUUGCAAAUGGGGUAAGUCCAGUCUUUUUUUAGUAGCCAUAGUAGCCAUGUGUGUAUAUGUGUGUAUAUGUAUAUGUGUGUGUGUGUGUGUGUGUGUGUAUGUGUAUAUAUAUAUAUAUAUAUAUAUAUAUAUGUGUGUGUAUAUAAUUUUUUUAUUUUUACACUUAUUUAACUUUUUUUAUUUUUAUUUCCAGCCAGCAGGGGGACCACCUGUCAUUACAGGCAGUCCCCCUGCUGGCAAUGCAGCAGGCAGCUAACCUGGCCAUGUGAUUGUGAGGGGGUCGGACGCGCCGCGGGGGGCUCCCUGGGAGUCCCCCCAUCCGCGAUCGCCGGCGUGGGACCGCCGGCGACCGGGUAAGUAAGAAAAGACCGGAGGGCGUACUAUUGCGCCCGGCAGCGUUUAGAGCCGCCUAAAAUAGGGCAUAAUAGUACGCCCUCCGGUCUUAAGGGGUUAAACAUUUGUAUGGACUCUGACAAAACCACCACUUCAGGCAGAGAAUUCCAUAUCCUUAUUGUUCUUACUGUAAAAAAAACUUUUUUUUGCCUUAGAUCUCAUUAGUUACUAUUAAGGUCAUCUGUGUUUUUUGUUUUGUUUUUUCAUUGUGGACCAAUCGUGUUUUUUAUCUUGUAAUGUGAAUAGCCUGGGAAUCCCAGCCAAGUGUGUGUGUUUUUUUUUUUUUUUUUUUUUUUUUUUUUUUUUUUUUUUUUUUAUAUAUAUUUUAUUUAUGUCCUCACUUCCAUUCAUUCAUUGUAACAAAAAAAUGUGUGUUGCCUGUCUCUGUCUUGAAGUGUCCCUUAAGGAAUGCAGGGCAAAUUGCACAUCGCAUGCUUAGUGAGGGUUUAUAUAAUGUUUGGCUGGCCAGUUCUGAUUCAUGGUAUUUGUUAACUUUAUCUGUUAGCUUGUAGCUUUUUAACACAGACCUAGAGCAGUGUGUUCAAUGGUGUCUAAUACCACAAGUUUGGGAACUGACAAACUAGAUAAUUUGGAGGACAGAACUGAAUUCCAAAAUACUGUAAUUUUACCAUAAGUAUUAUUAUUUUUUUAACAGACCUUUUAGAAUGUCUGCAUGAUGUAGUUUAUUUUCUUUAAUUCAUUAUGAUAAGGGCAGUUUUUUGUUUGCUUGUACCCUUUACAGUUUGUAAUUUCUUUAUCCUUUAUACAUUGUAUAUCUUCUGUUCUUCCUUCUGUGAACCAUGUUUAUUGGUCCCCCAAUGUGUCAAAGAUGGAGUGUCUGCUUUCAGGUAUUUCAUUCUAUAGAUAUGUCUGGGGGUUUCCAGUUGUGUAACAGGCUUGCCGGGUAUGUCUGUAGAUUUUCGUUCUUUUAAAGAAUAGAAACCUAUAAACUGAAAUGCCCUGAUUUUAUAGUUUAACUAGUUUUACAGGAGCAAAAUUACAUAAUAAACUUGGGCAGAUCACAUGGAGGCAGUAUGAGAGAGAAACUAGAGAUUCUAAAUGUAUUGCAAUGUGGAUUUCCCCUAGUAAUGUCAUUGGAACUUCCCCCAGUGAGCAUCAGUCUCUGGUGAUCGCACUGCAGUUUUUACCCUACUUUCAUUUUGUAUUUGGAGAGCAAACAGAAUGUUUGUUUGUUUCUUUCACUAUCUUGUCACUUAAAAGGAGUAUAUAGGAUAGAUGGGGGGACACAUGUACACAGAUAAAAGGGUAACAAGCAUGCUAAAAGAGGAGAGGGGUAAAUAAAAAGCCAAGUAGUAUGAUAGAACAACAAAUCGCAUGGAUAAGGCUGGACAGCGAAAGGACAUAAAGGAGGAAAAAGAACUAAAUAAUUGUGCAGAGAAAGACAGGCAAAAAAAUUACAAACAGAAAGAAGGGAAAGCAAAGCACAGUGUUCCAUGGUGUAGGGGUUGAGAAAAUGGUGGUGUAGAAGAUAAAACCAAAUGUAUUUUCCCCACAUAUCCCAGUGUACAUAAAGACAGCCAGCAUGUAAGAGAAGGUAAAAUCAGAAUGAAGCGUAAUAGGGCGAGGGAAAAGAUAAGCAGUAGAACAGGAAGGACAGCAUGCUUGUAGAAUGGCAACUAAAUAUUUGGAUUGCGAGAGUGUGAUGGAAUGUGAGGCCACCCUGUGUCUGAAAGAGGAAUAGUUACUUUUUCGUGUGUGUUACUCUUCCUCGUUCACAUUAUGGGUCAGGGAAAUUGUGUUAGGCUUUGAAUAAAUGGUGGGUGAUAACCCCUGAAAAAUUUAUAUCAAAAGAUAAUAAGGGAUACCGCAGACCAUGCUGUGCGCAAGGGUACAGCAUGGAGGUCAAUGCAGGAUCCCGGGGGAUGCUCCAUAGACAGCCAAUUCCCUGCAGACCUCAUGACUGUCGAGAUUGACAGUGUAGCUCCACCCAGAGCCUACUUAAGUCAGGCGGAGUAGUAUACAGAGACAAAGUAGUCCUUAUUUUGUUUCUGUAUCUCUUUACUGGAUUGCCUUUUUCUGGUGGGUGGGACGGAGAGUGACCGUGCUGCUUUUAAGUAUGUUCCCAAAUUGACACAUUAAUGCUUACAGGAGAUAUCAUGUCAGCAAUUGUUGCAGACAAAUACAUUGUAUUGCUGGUGUAUAGAGUCUAAUGUUGCAAGUGUCUCGAAGUAUAUAUAAAAUAAUAAUUGGAUAUUUUCCAGCAAGCAAUACGGAGUGCAUCAGUGGUAUAUUAAACCGUUCUCUGGCAAGUGAUGCAAAUUCCUAAUCUAUAGCUGACAUUUUAUUUUUUUAUGUAGAAAAGACAGUGUUUACAAUAUACACCUCUAGUGCCUGUCUUCCUGAUAGACACUAGGGGUGCUUCUGUCUACGGAACAAAGUCAAACUCUGCUCUUCAAUCAAAUGCUGUUAACAUACAAACUUAGAAUGUGACAGCAGAUAAUGACCAUUCGGCCCAUCUAGUCUGCCCAAUUUUCUAAAUACUUUCAUUAGUCCCUAACCUUAUCUUAUAGGUUGGAUAGCCUUAUGCAUAUCCCACGCAUGCUUAACCCCUUAACGCAGGAGGGCGUACUAUUACGUCCUAUUUUAAGCGGCUCUAAACGCCGCCGGGCGUAAUAGUACGCCCUCCGUUUUUUUUGUACUUACCCGGUUGCCGGCGAUCGCGGUUGGGGGGACUCCCAGGGAGCUGCCUGCGGCACAUCCAACGUCCUGAAGCCCCCCUGGCCAUGUGUGAGUGAGGUCCUUGCGAGGACCUCACAAUCACAUGGCCGGGAUAGCUGGCUUCUGUAUUGCCAGCAGGGGGCUGCCUGUAAUGACAGGUGGUCCCCCUGCUGGCUGGAAAUAAAAUAAAAUAAUGUUAAAAGUGUAAAAAAAAAAUUAAAAAAAAAAAAAUGAUAUACUUAGAUAUAUAUAUAUAUAUAUAUAUAUAUAUAUAUAUAUAUAUAUAUAUAUAUAUAUAUAUAUAUAUAUAUAUAUAUAUAUAUAUAUAUAUAUAUACAUAUAUAUAUAUACACUACACACACACACACACACACACACACUGUCUAGGUGUAUUUUACUAUUAAUAUAUAUAAAUUAUUUAUAUAUAUAUAUAUAUAUAUAUAUAUAUCUCUCUCUCAAAUUACACGUAGACUGAUACUGAUUAUAUAUAUAUAUAUAUAUAUAUAUAUAUAUAUAAUUAUUGUUAUAUAUAUUUUUAUAUAAUAUAAAAAAUGUAAAUACGUUAAAAAAUAAAAUUAAAAAAAUAAUUAAAAAUAAAUUAAAUAUAUAGAUGUGUUAUUUCGUUCUAACUGUAUUAAUAUUAAUAUAUAUUUAUAUCAAAAUACACGUAGAACAAAAUAAUAUAUAUAAAUAAAAAUAUUUAAAACAAAUUUUAUAUAUAUAUAUAUAUAUAUAUAUAUAAUAAUAUUUUUACAUAAUUAGGUAUCUUAAUUAAUUACAAUUAGCGGGACCUGCCUGACAACCCAUGCCGAAAGUAAAGGGAAUUUAAUUUGCUAGCACUAUAUUUAACCUUAUAACUUUCCAAGACACCAUAAAACCUGUACGUGGGGGGUACUGUUCUACUCGGGAGACUUCGCUGAACACAAAUAUUAGUGUUUCAAAACAGUAAAAUGUAUAACAACGAUGAUUUCGCCAGUAAAAGUGAAGUUUUUUGCAUUUUUCACGCACAAACAGCACUUACACGGACAAUAUUAUUGCUGCGAUACUUUUUACUGUUUUGAAACACAAAUAGUUGUGUUCAGCGAAGUCUCCCGAGUACAACAGUACCCCUCAUGUACAGGUUUUAUGGUGUUUUCAAAAGUUACAGCGUCAAAUAUAAGGCUUAUGUUUCAUUUUUUUCACAUUAAAAUUUGCCAGAUUGGUUAGGUUGCCUUUGAGACCCUAUGGUAGCCCAAGAAUGGAAAUUACCCCUAUGAUGGCAUACCAUUUGCAAAAGAAGACAACCCAAGGUAUUGCAAACUGGGUAUGUCCAGUCUUUUUUUAGUAGCCACUUGGUCACAAACACUGGCCAAAAUUGGCGUUUUUUGCAUUUUUCACACACACACAAAUACUAACACUAACUUUGGCCAGUGUUUGUGACCAAAUGGCUACUAAAAAAGACUGGACAUACCCCAUUUGCAAUACUUUGGGUUGUCUACUAUUGCAAAUGGUAUGCCAUUAUGGGUGUAAAUUUCAUUCCUGGGCUACUAUACAGUCUCAAAGGCAACCUAACCAAUCUGGCAAAUUUCAAUUUCAAAUGUAACGUGUUAUAUUUGACCCUGUAACUUCCCAAAACGCCAUAAAGCCUGUACAUAGAGGGUACUGUCUUACACGUGAGACUUUGCAGAAUACAAAUAUGUGUAUUUUAUGGCAGUAAAAGCAAACAGUAUUAUGACAUUGACCGUUAAAAUGUCAUGUAGAACUAAUUUUUUUAAAAAAAUCUUAUUUUCUCCCAUUUUUUUCAUAUUAAAUUAUAUUUCAUAGCUAAAUAUUUGACAUUAAAUGAAAGCCUUGUUUCCCCUGAAUAAAAUGAUAUAUAAUAAGGGUGGGUGCAUUUAAUAUGAAAGAGGUGAAUUACGGUUGGACAGACAUGUAGCGCAAAUGCCAGGUUUUGUUUACAUUUUGUUUUGUUCACAACGUGUACAUUUGACUCCGUCCUUAAGGGGUUAAACACCUUUACUGUGUUAACCUCUACCACUUCAGCUGGAAGGCUAUUCCAUGCAUCCACUACCCUCUCAGUAAGGUAUUAUUUUUAAACCUUUGCCCUUCUAAUUUAAGACUGUCCUCUUGUUGUGGAAGUUUUUCUUCUUUCAAAUAUGGUCUCCUCCUUUAUUGUGUUGAUUCCCUUUAUGUAUCUAAAUGUUUCUAUGAUGUCCCCCCUGUCUCGUCUUUCCUCCAAGCUAUAUAUGUUAAGAUCCUUUAACCUUUCCUGGUAAGUUUUAUUCUGCAAUCCAUGAACCAGUUUAGUAGCCCUGUUCACCGCAACAUUUGAAUGGAGGAGCACUGCAUUUUCCUGCACAUGAUUAUCUCGUCCCAGUGCUUCUCCAUGAUAAGCAAUGGAUCGGAUGAGACUGUAUAAGUCAAUAGGCAUGUUGACAAAGAAUGAGGCGGGGUGAGCAGGUGGAGCACAGGUGUCCAGUUUGCCACUCCUCGGUGAAGGUCCAAUUCAGUGCUCCUUGUAGAGGGACCUGAUGCACAUGGACAGCGGGCACAUCUAAGAUUCUCUUUGGAAAGCCCUUUUGGGGGCUUCUGUCACAUGACCAAAUUAAACUUGGUCAGUGCCUCAAACUCCUCUAAUAGCUGUUGGUAUGAUAGCCACUAAAUGUGAACUUGACCCUGCAAAAAAAAAAAAAUAUUUUUAGAGCUUUGGGUUGUUUUUAAGAAGUAGUUAAAGUUUUCAUUAAGGCUAUCUUAUAUGAAUCUCCGAUAGUGCUUAAUAAAAUACCCUGUAACUAUUUUUAGUUUGAUAUGCCACUCCUAAAAAAUGCAUUUGAGAAGCCUAUAGAAAUUGUUUUUUGUGCUUGUCACUUCCUGUGUGUUUUAAACGAGUCUUGUGUAGAGUUUAUUUUUCAAGCUUAUCCUAUCAUAUUUUCUCGUAUCUUCCUCCCCACUAGAAGUUUCCUUUUAUUCCCUUUAUGUGAAUUCCCUAUUAUCCUCCUGAUUUUCCAUUCCUUAAUUCUGAUUGUUUACUUGGUGCCAAUGUACUUUCAGCAGUGUCUACGUACCAAGGAUUAUGUAGUCGUAAGUUGCAGCAACAGUGGGAAAUUUAUGUUUUACGUUUUUUUCCUUCUGUUCAAAGAGUAGCUGAAGAAACAGAUACUCCCUUAGCAACCAGGGCUGUUGGCCAUAAUUAAAGGGUUAUACGUAAUACACAUUAGGAAACAGCACAGAUAAAAAGAAAAUCCUGAGUUUUAUAAGACUACUUAACAUUGUCUAUACUAGCAAAUAAAUAUAGGGAUUCAGUUCCACCAUAUGGUAAUAUUGUGCUAAGCCCACCACUACUUCACAUUACCCCAAUAUCGGUGGGUCCUACACUAAUUCAAACAUGCAAGACUAAUUAAAUGGUGCUAAAUAAGCUGAAGUGUAUUUAAAUAUGUUGUAAGAGUAUUGUGAAUAUAUAUAAUUCAAAAAACACAGCUAUGUGCUUAACACAAUAUGACUAUAUGGUGGAACUGAGUUUUUGUUUGAGAUAAGUGAAUGUAUACAUUUUGGUGUCUUUGGCAGCACCAUUGCUGAGAAAUACAUGUUCCGAUUAACAGGUUAAGAUGGAGGCGCCCAGUUGCUGGAUUUAAAGCUGUUGAUUUUCAAGUAUUUAUUUAAUUUUAUACAAAAAGAAGUCCUGUGCUCAAACUCCUGCUACUCCUGGGCGGCAGCAAUGAAUAUAAUACACAUAAGCCCCCAAUACUUACUAUAAAAACCAAAGAAAAGAGUUGCGCGCUAUCCCAAAUCCCUGUGCACGUUUAAAUAACUGGAGGUUUUCAGUAUAGGAGGCGUUAAAGGACCACUAUAGGCACCCAGACGACUUCAGCUCAAUGAAGUGGUCUGGGUGCUUGGUCCCUCUAGUUUUAACCCUGCAGAUGCAAACAAAGCAGUUUCAGAGAAACUGCUACGUUUCACUGAGUGUUAAAUUCAGCCUCUAGUGGCUGUCUCACUGACAGCCGCUAAAGGCACUUCCGUGAUUCUCACUGUGAAAAUCACAGUGCGAAGACGCUGGAUGUCUAUAGGAAAGCAUUAAGUAAUGCUUUCCUAUGGGUGGUUUGAAUGCGUGCGCCGCGCAUGCGCAUUCGGAUCUGACGUCGGCAGGGGGUGGAGAGUUCCCCGGCGCUGGAGAAAGGAGGUGGCUCAAGUGGUUUUAACCCUUUCAGCCCAGCAGGAGGGGGGACCUAAUGACCCUAUAGUGACAGGAAAAUGAGUUUGUUUUCCUGGCACUAUAGUGGUCCUUUAACCCUGGCAGGUAAUUAAUGCAGUUUAUUAAAAACUGAAAUAAUUACCUGAUUAGGGUUAAGGUUCCUGAGACACUGCACCCAGAUCACUUUAAUGAGCUAAAGUGGUCUAGGUACCUAUAGUGUCCCUUUUGAAGGAUCUGUUAAUGUCUUGGUGCCAGAUACCACUGGACAUGUUCAGAGGUCUUAUGGAGUCCAUGCCUCUAUGCCUCAGAGCUGUUUUGGCACCACGAGGGUCAUGUACUCUGUAUUAGGCAGGUGGUUUUAAUGUUGUUGGUAAUGUAGGUUCUCGCUGCAAUGACAGUUUGCAAAAACAUUUUUGAGACCUGCGUGGGAACUAACUUUUAUAUUCUCUGUUUUUCUUGCAAUGCAUUAACUUAGGCUCUUGGUAAAUUUAAAGGGUAAUCCAGACAUGGACCAUGUGGUCAAUGUACCAAGAGGAGUAUCUGCUGAUCCUCACUGACAAGGCCCAAUGAACACCAAAACAAUUAUGCAGGGUUGCUUCAUCUCUGCCAGCAUUUUUGAUCUGGACUGCCCUUGUUGUUGGAAUCUGUCUGAUAUGCAAAUGGUAUAUGUUUUCUCUGUAAUGACACAAGUGAGCAAACAUAUUUUGAGACUUGAUCUAAGUGACAGACAAGCUAUUGAGGUUUUUAUGAGCUUUUGCGUUCUGCGUACUCGUAUUGUGUGGCAUUGGGUUUUUGUGUGUUGGUUUGUAUAUAUUUUUAUUUUAUUUUUAAAUAUCUUCAAUGUACAAUUCGUUAACUUUAUGCUUGAGUUGUUUCAAUGUUAUAUUUUGUUAUUUAAUAAAUUCCUUUAUUUAUCAUUGUUAAUUCUGGAUUAUUUGUACCAAAUGAAUGUAUGUGACAAUCAUUUUAUACAAUCUUUAUUCAUCUCCUUAACACUACUUCAGCACGAGCUCUUGAGCUAUUCCUGGAAUCACUCCUAAAGAAGGCCUGUCAGGUCACACAAACGCGAAGUGCCAAGACUAUGACCACAUCACACUUGUAAGUUGUUUGGGGGCAAGACUUAUGACUGCAUGGAAUAUGUGUGGUGGUUAUAUAUAAUAAAGGUCCAGUCUAAGGAUCAUAAUAUAAAUAUUUUAUAAUUAUUUUUUUUAUUUUUUUUUAAUUUGUGUAGGUGACAGCAGGCAGAAGACUUUUUUUUUUUUUUGUAUAGAAAAGCAUAUUGUAGAACAAAUGCUGUCCAUAUAAACUGUGUAACUAUUUAGACUUUUCACCUCCAAAUAUGUGCAGUUUACUUUCUUCCUGAUGAAAUAUGUGCAGCACUCAUGCACUUGCCAAAAUAUUGGCACUGUCUGCCAAGUUUCAGAUUUCAGAGCACCCUGUCGGUGCACUGUUCAAGCAAACAUUGUCUGAUAAACAGUUUACAUUGGCUGCCAGUUAUUUGUGUGUAAUUGGAUCUUUAUUAAUGUGCUGCUAUUCAUCAGAUAGAUCUGAACAUUACUAUGUGUCCAUUACUUCUAUAACAGGGCUUGAUAGAUCUUUUUUUUGAGGAAAAAACAUCGCUCUUAAAUGGACACUAUAGUGUUAGGAAUACAACACUUACCAUGGGGCAUACACUACACCGGCAGCAGAGAGGUAGGUGCUAACAGGAAGCACUGGCCCUACUGCAGAGGGUAUAGGUCAGGGCUUGACAAAUUUGCUUUCAAUCUAUGAGCCAGCUAAAAAAAAAUUAGGAGCCAUAUUUUUUUUUAGCAUAAAAAAAUACAAUUCUCAAAGGAACACUAAUCUCACCAGAAACACUACAGCCUAAUUUAGUGAUUUUGCUGUCUAUAACCUGUCCCUGUAGGUUUUUCAAUGUAAGAUCUGCCUUUUCAGAGAAAAAGGCAGUGCUCACCUUGCUGCCUAGUAACACCUCUAGUGGCAGUCACUCAAACAGCUACUAAAGUGUCACAAUGUGGAGACGGCGCUGAACGUUCCCCAUAGAGAGGCAUUGCUUUAAUGCUUCACUACGAGAUGUUGUUGAUUGGUAAUUGAUAAUCUCAUGUAUUGAGGCUGGCCAGCUGUGGCGAGACUGACACAGCGUGGCAAAAAAGGUGAGUAAAAACACCAUUCCUAUGCGAUCGGAAGGGGGCUGGUGACCUAAACAUACACCUGGACAGAAGGACACACACACACUGACCAACUGACACACAUCCUCUCACAUACACACAAGAUAUUUAUUAUUUAAUACACACAGACAUACAUGCAUGACAGAUAUACACACAGAAAUAAAAAAAAAAAAACAAGCGAAUACAUAUUUUUAGCCACUCUCCUGUUUCCUACCUUUUGGGCGCAAGAGAGUGGCUUCCCUGGGUUCCAGUGGGACUGGGCACAGCAGGAGAUAGAUUGGUGGGGUAGGCAGCUAAUAGGAGUGGGCUCCUGCUUUUCAAGACUCCUCUCCUCCACCUGUCUCAAUAUCACAUCCAGCUCGCUGUGCACUGGGAGGAAGUGAAGGGAUCUGCAAGGGGAAAAUCUGAUUGUGCGGGUGUUCGGGUGUUUGAAAUGUAGGUGGGUGGUCGGGUCUAUGAAAUGCGGGCGGCGAACAGAGACGAUUUUACCAGGUGUCCUGCUAGCUUUGCUAGUUCCUUGUGCAGCCUCCGCGCCGGUAGAAAGUAAUUACAGUUCACUUCCUCCCGUUACACCGGCGCAGAGAGCGCUACACAAGGCUUGAGGGAGAAGGGAAUGGGCUGAUCAGUCCUAGGCACCAGGGCAAAAUUCUUAGUCGCCAUGGCGACCUGGCGCCUGGGAUUUGUCAAGCCCUGGUAUAGGCAACAAUUUAGUAGACCAUUCCCACACUAUAUCGUUCCCCCAAAUUAAAGUGUGCCAACACUUUCCCCUGUCAUCUCUGGGACUUAAAAUAAAAAUAAAAAUAAAUAAAAAUCUGUGUAGUGUUCCUUUAAAUAAACCAGGCUAUUCUAGUUUGACUAAAUGGGUUUUUUUUUUUUUUUUUAACUUUAUUACUCCUCAUUCCCUGCACUCAUUUCUGCAGUUUAAGCAUUUGGACCAAAACGGAGUUAAGAUUAAAUGAAUCCAGUGCACAAGAUUAUUUUUAUACCUCUUUGCCUCUCCUGAAUGUGAAGUUGUCAUUUUGUUCAUAGAUGGAAAUCCACGAGGUACAAAGUCUUAACUCAUUUACUAGUGAGGGAAUAGUAACUGAAUAAAAGCUCUCUGCUGAUUUUUAUUUAUUUAUUUUUUAUUUUUUUUCUUCUUCAAAGUUUUUGUUUUAUGUCAUCCUGUCUUAGGAAACAGUGUAUAGAACUUGAGCAGCAGUUUGACUUUCUAAAGGAUCUUGUGGCCACUGUCCCAGACAUGCAGGGAGAGACGGAUGACAAUCACACAGAGGGGGAGAGAGUGUCAAGGAGGUGAGGAACUGCAAAACUGUAACAUGUUGCCAAUUCAUGACUUUUUUUUUUUUUAUUAUUAUUUUUAAUGUCUUUAUUAUUUUGUUAUGCAAUACAGCAGAAGUAAGUUGUGAAGAGAAGAAUGAGCUGUUUUAAAAAAAUAAAAAAAAAAUAUAGACUGAAAUAAAUAUUAUCGGAGUAUGUAAUAAACUAAUUCAGCGUUUAAACCCUCUGGACAUCUUUAGCCAGCAAAUCACCAUAUAACUUGCCCUCUUCAUGUACAUCUCUAUCAACAACUAUUUUGAGCUCACUUGGUGCUGCUCUUAAACGUCUCUCCCCAAUCCCAUGUCCCUGCCACUGCCUUUCUUGCUCGCCCAUACCCAUUUUCCUGGUCUUUUUACUGCUUUAUUUCUCUGCCCCCACAUUAUCUGCACUGCAGAGAGCUGCUAAUGUUUUGUGUGAUGUAAACGUGGGUUUGUAACCUGACAUGAUGAUGUUGUGUGCAUGAAGUGCGUGAGUGGACGAAAGACAGCGGUGAGCAUUGCAGCCCGACUGCUGGAUCAGUUUGCACCCCGGAAGCAAGUGAGGGGCCAUGUUUUUGCAUCACAUCUGAAAACCUCUGGAUUAGUUCACGUGAGGGAGCCAGUACUUUGUCACCAAGCAGUUUCACUGGAGCACUUUCUUGCAGGUGCAGACAAUUUUCUUUUACUUGUUAGCCUAUUAUUAGAAUCCUUUAAAAUCCGGCAAAUGGAUUUACACAGUUUGACGUUCUGUUAUUUGCAAUCAAACUGAUUUUCCCCACAUACAGACACUAACAUUAUGUAAGAUUUCUUUUCUUCCUUUCUUAAGGGGUCGGAAACCAGGAAGUAGUCGAAAGAAUGGAGGAACAACUGUGAGAGGAAAAGAUAAAAAGCAAUCUGAGACAGAUUCAGAGCAAGAGGUUUGAAGACUGACACUUUAUUUUUUUCUUUCUCUAUUAAAAACAUUUAAAAACAAAAACAUCCUAUCUAAAAUAUUCAUUUGUCUAGUGUGUCAGCCUGUCAGUGGCAAGUUAUGUUGAAGGCCUGGCUAGUUUACCUGAAAAUGCCUACAGGGAAUGAUUAUACUCACCAGAACAACUACACUAAGCUGUAGUUGUUCUGGUGACUAUAGUGUCCCUUUAACAAUAAUAUUUUUGUCAUAGAUAUCUAUUUUACAUUUGUUGUAUUUCAGGAUGAUUCAGAAGACACUGAAACAGAGGGUGAGGAAGAGAUGUGUACUGCUCCUCCUGCAGGAAAUCAAUCACAUGUCACUUUUCCAAGGUACUUUUGUGAUUAUAUAGUGUCUAAUAAAUGUAAAUAUUAGAUGGUCAAAGCACAGACACAAGUUUGGGUGUCAGGAGUUAAAGCAAUGCCAAGUCUCAAGUGGUCAAGAUAUUCUAUAUCCCCUAUGAUAUGUAUUUUUUUUUUUCAUAUAGAAUUACAUAUAUAUAGAAAUGAAGUUUAGUAACUGAUAUGUUAGCUCAUCCGCCAACUCUGGAGGGUGUACCCAUUAAAUUGCCCAUUUAUGAUCCCACUUCUUAGGUGCAUGUUGCAAAUGUAAUAACAAAAGUUUAGUUCUGUCCCAAAGGUAAUUUAGAAAGUGAAUUGGACGGUGUCAUGUUCUCUCAUUUAUUUACAGUUGAUAAUGCCUUCAAUUAUCCACUGGGGAGGAAUUAAAUGUGAACUAUUUUAUCUGCAAACCUAGUUAAUGGUGGUAACAGUUGCUAUUUGUAAAAGCUGUGUUUUUUGGGAGGGGAGGGGUUGCAAGGUGUUAAUCAACGUUCUCCUCUGGAAUUGCUUUUUCAUGCAUGUGGGAUUUUGACAAGGGCAAAACAGUGAUGGCUAGACGACUGAAUCCGAGCAUCUCCAAAAUGGCAAGUUUUUUUUGGGGGGGGGUGUUCAAAGUAUGCAGUGGUUAGUACCUACCUACAGUGGUGCAUGGAAGGAAAACCAGUGAACCCGCAUCGGUGGUCAUAGGUGCCCAAUACUCAUUGAUGCAAAUGGAAAGAGAAAGAUUGCCCGUCUGGUCCAAUCACUGAGAAGCGCAACUGUACCUGAAAACUUUAAAGCUGGCCAUGAUAGAAAGAUGUCAGAACACACAGUGCAUUGCAGUUUGCCACAUAUGGGACUGCGUAGUCGCAGUCCGGCUAGAGUGCUCAUCAUGACACCUGUCGACCACCAAAAGUGCCUUCAGUGGAAAAUUGUCAGAACUGGGCCAUGGUGCAAUUGAAGAACAUGAUGUGUCAUGUUUUCUUUUUAGGUCAGGUAGAUGGCUGGGUGCAUGUGCAUCAUUUACCUGGGGAAGAGAUGGCAGCAGGAUGCGUUAUUGGAAUAAGGCAAGCUAAUGGAGGCAGUGUUAUGCCCUGGGUAACAUUCCUCUGGGAAACAUUGGGUUUUGCCAUUCAUGUGGAUGUUAAUUUGAAACGUACCACCUACCUAGAGAUUGUUGUAGACCACAUACACCCCUUUGUGGCAAUAGUGUUCCCUGAUGGCAGUGGCCUCUUUCCGAAGGAUAUUGCAACCUGCAACACUGUACAUAUUGUUCAGGAAUGGAUUGAGGAACAUGACAAAGUUCCAGUUGCAUUGGCCUCCAAAUUACACAGAUCUCAAUCUUAUGGAGCAUCUGUGAAUGUGCUGGAACAACAUCCGAUCCAUGAACAUCCCAUCUCACAAGUUGCAGGACUUCGAGGAUCUGCCGCUAAUGUCUUGUUGGCAGAUAUCACAGAACACAUUCUGUGGAGUCCAUACAGCUUUGCGUUGAGUCCAUGGCUCAAUGCAAAUCUGUUUGGUAGCACUGGGGGGACCUACAUGAUAUUAAGGAAGUGGUUUUCAUGUUGUGACUGAUUAGUGUAAAUGCUAGUAAUAAUACUAUCAUUUCUCUGAUAGUCAGAGAAGUGAUAGUAUUAUUCCUCCUUCACUUUGAAUUGCUUAUUAGUUACUUGGGCGCAGUGGAGGUGCAUUUAAAAUACACUUAAGCUUUGCAGCUCUUCCAGAUUCAGUUUCCAACAUUUUCCAACAGUACUUAAUGCAUCUGUUUAGAAAGUAGUGGACGAGUGCAGGCAUUAUUGUAUGUACCUUGACAGCCUGGCCAAUAAUAUGUAUAUAAGACCAUUUCUUUCCAGUUUGUGCAGUUGUUACAGUUGUAAAAAACAGAUCUAGAUAUUGGUGAUUCAGUGAGUAUAAUGCCUAACAUUUUUUUUUUUUUUUUUCAAUGAAUCUUUCUUUCAUUUUUACACUCUUCUUUUUUUUUUUUAUUUUUUUUAUUUUUUUUUUUAAUAUAGCCCUCCUCCAGCUCCAACUUUCCAUCAUUUCCAUUCUGGACCUUCUCUACCCCAAGUACCUGCUUCUCUGCCCACAAUGCCAGCUCCGUUGCCGCCUGCUGUAUGCGAAGAGGAAGAGGAUUAUGAUUCGUAGCCUCUAGAGAGACCCAUUUAAAUUCCGUUUUCAUUUAUUUGCGUUUCUUGGGUUUUUGUUUUUUUUCUUGUUUUAUUUUGGUUUUUAAACAGGGGCUAAAAGCCUUGGGGAUAGUGGGGUUUAAUGUGUUCUUAAAUUUAUUAAAAAAGGAGGUGGAGAAAUUAAGCGUGUUUUUGUCAUUUGUAAAAUAUAGAAGUGUUUUACUUACCUCUAGGACUGUUAUUGCAGAUCCUAGGUUGAUUCGAUAUUUAUAUGAGUAUGCAUGGGAGAAAGAGCAAGAAGAUAAUCUUUUCAGUCACCAUCUUGCAAAUCAUAAAUGUGUAACCCCUGAAAUGGUUGUCAUACACCAUAACCACUUUGAGGCACUGCACAUACCAAGUUUAACCCUUCUGCUGACAGAAGUGCAACUCUACUUCCAGCAUAGUCAUUGGUGUGUCAUCAACUAGGCCUGAACUAGAGUUCCAAGUUGGCUAACGUCAAUCCUGUGCAAAUUGUUAUGCACAGAAUCUAACUCAUCGGAAUAGAGCAGUCAGCUGAAACUCUCAGUUAAUGAAUGAGUGGCAAAUUGACAACUCGCUUCUGCAGCUCUGUUGCUCUUCGGUGGAGACACAGCAUUUGUCAGUUCCAAUUAAAUGGGAAAACCAUUGUAAAACAGUCUUCCCAUUUUCGGGGAACGUCGCCAGUGUACUUUUACCCUGUAGUUGUUAUGAUGGUUGGAAUAGCCCUUGAAGGACUAAAUGUUGCACUAUGCUGUCAUUACAAUCUGGUUUAUAAAGACCUUGUGUGCUUACAUUGCACAAUAAUAUAAUAGGCAAUAUGUGCUGGAUUAUAGCAUUAUUUUGCCAGACUAAAACACUGCAGUCCUUUCUGCCUCACUGAAUGGCCAUUGACAAAAAGGUUCCACAUCUUUGCACGGAUGAAUAAAUUCAUCAUAUAUCGGUUAAACUAUAAGGGGGACCUUGGUGUAGGAAUUAGCUUCCUUAGCAAAGGAAGGGACUGCAUAGAUUCUUAGAUGAUAUACACUAUAUGGACACCUGACCAUUACACCAACAGGGAGUUUUAUGACAUUACAUUCUAAAUACAUAGACGUUUAUAUGUAGUUCCCCCCCCUUUUGCAGCUAUAACAGCUUUCACUCUUUUUGGAAGUGUUUUUACAAGAUUUGGAUUGUUUCUGUGGGAAUUUCUGCCCAUUCAACCUAUAAUAACUUGUAAAAUAGCACAGAUAUUAGUCGCCUCGCUACUUUGUUUUCUAGUUUUCCUCGCAGUAUGCAGCACUGAUGUUUAACGUUUCCACACUCUGCAUGGAGGCGCUGAACUUUCCCCAUAGAGAUGCAUGUCUAGGAGGAGAUGCUGUUCGGUAGUGCAGCGUUUUGUCACGUAUGAAUACGCAAAUGUAUUCAUCCAAAACCACGAACCACAACAUGGUAGUCCAUGUCUGAAUUACCCUUUUUGCUUUCAGAUAGCCCUAGCAAAUUGCAUUGCAACACAAACAGAGAAUAUGAGUGACAAAAGCUUAGAGAAACUCAGUAGCUUGCCUUUCAGUUAGUCCUCCCUCAAGUCUCAAAUGUUUUUGGACACUUGAACCAUUACAAAGCGCAUUUCAGACUCACACCUUUUAAGGUAAUUUCAGAACUGAAAUGUCUACAAGUUCUCUCUGCACAAGAGACACAGCAACCCUAGAAUGUAAGAUUUACAAAGGAGUCAUUCCCUAAUUAUUCGUUUUUGGUUGUCCGCUUAAAACCAGAAGUUGCAGCCCAAUAUAGCAAUGCAAGUUACUUAUAUUGAUUCUGAGAUUUAGAGACUUUCUGAAGGGAGUACCAGCAAAGCCACAAACUAUGCUGUAUUGUACUUCUCCCAUUUGUACAGUGUUGCAGAACUGAAGGUUGCCUUGCUGUCAUGGCAAAGUAGACUCUAGUUGUGGGGGGCUUACCUUGCCUGAAGUCUUGUGUUAUUUUGAGAGGUGGAAAGCCUGGGAACGUUUUGCAGUUUGCCAUACCUAUAUAAACUCAAAGCGUGCCAGGUAGAAAGUAUUUACUCUAUUGAUAAAGCCAUUUUGGCGAAACAUGUUUGGAUGUAUAUUAUAGUUUUUGUUUUUUUACUAAUAAAUUCAUUUUGG